UCCACAAAUCGACACGUGUCAAUUAGAAAGGUCAUACUGUCUGAUCCAAGACGUCUAACGGCUACUCAAGUAGAGCUUGCUUAGGCGAUUCCAAUUCCUAUUCCGAUCCCGAUCUUAAUACGUAGAUUAGAUACACGUAAAAGCAUACUGUAGUAGUAAAAUAAUGGUCUUUGUGUGCAGUGUUCAUUGAAGAACGUGCAAAAAAAUCGACUGAUCUCUCAAUUUUCGUAGCAAUCAAUAUGGAGUGUGGACUUUGUUGUCCAUCUUAGCUCUUUUUCUCUGAUUUCUGUAUCCAUUUCGCCUCUUCCCAACCUCAGCUUCCAAAGUUAUUCACUUUUUUUAGGCCUUUCGUUACCCAGAAAACCUUUCUGUCUCUGCUCCCCUCUAUAAGACGAAGAGGAAGAAGAUCAUCGCCCGAAGACUGACCCUAAUUGGCCCUUUUUUGUUGUGUCGGGACAUGUUCUUUAUUUGUCAUUAUCUCAUAGAAGUGUCUGUAUCAUCUAUUCUUUCUGGACUUUGUUGUUACCUGUACCAACCCCUGCUUUUGUUUCUUUCUUUUAUACUCCAGUCGUUUUUGGCUUGUUCCGUUGUUUUUUAGUUUAUUUCCUUCCUUCUUUUGAAACAUAUUUGACCUGUUGGUCCUAUCUUUAAGAGGCAGUGAUCACUACUUCCACUUUGCUUUUCAUGAUCUUUCCCUAUAUUUGUUUUUCUCUUUGGUACUCUUUGAAUGUUUAGAUCUUCAGGUCUCAUGUUUUGCUGUUUUUACUAGCUGCAACAACUCUGCUUUUUCUGCGCCAAACUUCGCCAUUGUUGUGAACAAUCAAGUGCUCGAUUCGAUUCUCAUCUAAAGUGAAGGGUUUCGAUGGAUAAUCCAGAAAAAGGUCGAAAAGGUGGUAACAUUAGCAUGUUGGAGAAGAAGUCCACCAACGGAGGAGAAGUGCUAAUAACAAUCUCAAAUGAAGAAAAACCAAAUGCCAAUGCAACCCCAAAAGGCUUAACCUCACCAAAAGACCAAGAAAUUCUUGGUUCUAGGCAGAGCAGGCCAAACUCACCCGUGCAAGAAUCAAAUGCUUUUGGGUUUAUAAAAUCAAUGCCAAUUAGCUACCCUUCACCAGAAAUUUCACGUUUUAGCCCUAGCCCCAAUAAGCCCCCCAAAGUCCCUGCAAGCAAUGAGAACUUUACUAGAAGAAGGUCCCUAACCAGGUCCGUGUACUCAAAACCCAAGUCAAGAUUUGGAGAACAGCCAUAUCCUAUUGAUGAUGCUAUGUUUGAAGAAGAUAGUUUAACUUUGCAAGAACAAUUUUCUAGGAAUUCCCCCUAUAGGAACUCACUUAGUAGGGGUUCGCCAAAUAAUAAGUCUGCUUCUACUAUUAGGACAAACUCCAUAACUCCAAAAACUCCUUUGAUGGCAUCUCCUGGAGGACCUGCAGAUGAUGAGGAUGAGUUGGAUGAGGUUGUCAAGAAGGUUGAAUUGAGUCAAGAGAAGCAUAAGAGGAUAAGAGUAAAGCUUGUGAUUCAGUGGGUAGCGUUUGUGUGCAUUGUGGGGUGCCUGGUAGCAGGCUUGACUGUUGAGAAACUCGAGAAGACCAUGAUUUGGGGCUUAGAUUUUUGGAAAUGGUCUGUGCUUGUAAUGGUAACAUUCUCUGGCAUGUCAAUCACUAAUUGGUUUAUGCAUUUUAUUGUUUUCUUGAUUGAGAGGAAUUUUUUGCUGAGGAAGAAGGUACUUUAUUUUGUUUAUGGGUUGAAGAAGAGUGUUCAAGUGUUUAUGUGGAUAGGUUUGGUUCUUCUCGCUUGGGCAUUUUUAUUCAACCGUGGAGUUGAGCGAUCUAAGACUGCUACCAAGAUUCUGAAUUAUGUAACCUGGACCCUCAUUUCACUUCUUAUUGGUUCAUUUUUGUGGCUGCUGAAAACUUUAUUGCUAAAGAUCUUAGCAUCUAAUUUCCAUGUUACCAAGUUCUUUGACAGAAUUCAAGAAUCAGUUUUUCAUCAGUAUGUUCUGCAAACUCUUUCAGGGCCUCCGCUCAUAGAGGAGGCUGAAAGGGUUGGGAGAUCAGCUAGCACAGGUCAACUGAGCUUCAGGAGUACCAAAAAGGGCAAAGAAACAAAGGAGAAAAAGGUGAUUGAUAUGGGAAUGCUUCAUAAGAUAAAGCAAGAAAAGGUUUCAGCUUGGACUAUGAAGGUUUUGGUUGAUGCAAUCACCAAUUCAGGGCUAUCUACAAUAUCUAAUACAUUGGAUGAAAGCAUUGGUGGAGCAGGUGAACAAACUGAUUCAGAGAUUACUAAUGAGAUGGAGGCAACUGCUGCUGCCUAUCACAUUUUCAGAAAUGUAGCCAAACCUGGUUGGAAGUACAUCGAUGAGGAGGACCUGUUAAGGUUCAUGAUUAAGGAGGAAGUGGAUCUUGUUUUUCCGCUGUUUGAAGUAUCUGAAACUAGACAAAUUGAGAGAAAAGCUCUGACAGACUGGGUGGUGAAGGUUUACAAGGGCCGGAAAGCACUUGCGCAUGCUUUAAGUGAUACAAAAACAGCAGUCAAACAGCUGAACAAACUUGUGACAGUUAUCCUUGUUGUUGUGACUGUUAUUAUUUGGCUUCUUUUGAUGGGAAUUGCAACAACAAAAGUAAUUGUCGUCCUCUCAUCGCAGCUUGUUGUGGCAGCUUUUAUAUUCGGGAAUACAUGCAAGACCAUGUUUGAAGCUAUUAUUUUUGUUUUUGUGAUGCAUCCAUUUGAUGUCGGUGAUCGUUGUGUUGUUGAUGGUGUGCCGUUGUUGGUCGAGGAAAUGAACAUCUUAACUACAGUUUUCUUGAAGCUUGAUAAUGAAAAGAUAUACUAUCCAAAUUCUGUUUUGGCUACAAAGCCGAUCAGCAACUAUUACCGAAGCCCUGACAUGGGUGAUUCUGUGGAGUUCUCAAUAGAUUUUUCAACCCCAACGGAGAAGAUUGGCUUGCUGAAAGAUAAAAUUAAGAAGUUCUUGGAGAAGAAUCCCCAACACUGGCAUCCCAACCAUAGUGUUGUGGUAAAAGAAAUUGAGAAUGUGAAUAAGUUAAAAAUGGCACUCUAUUGUAGUCACACAAUGAAUUUCCAAGAAUUUGGAGAGAAGAACAAGCGACGAACUGAACUAGUUCUUGAGAUAAAGAAGAUUUUUGAAGAGCUAAAUAUUAGAUACUAUCUUCUGCCUCAACAAGUUCACCUGAGCCAUAUUGGGUCAGAAUCAACCAUUGUGACCGGCCGGUGAUUGUUGCUCUGCAAGUAUGUUCCCAUUCUUCCCCCUUUAUGCUUAGGCAUGGGAUUAAGAAAAAAGAGAUUCAGCAUUAUCAUUUUCUGUAUUCUUAAGAGUGCCCUUUUAACAUCUUAGAUUUUGGGUUACCAGCAGCAAUUGUAACUGAUAUAAUUAAUGGCCAUGUCAUCACCUGGAAGGGAAUGCUAGUUCUUGGCUACAAGUAACUAAUGCCUGAAGUACAAGUCAUUAUAUUGCACUAUCGAAGAUGUGGCCACAGGAUGUAAAUUUUGAGCCCAUUAUAUAAACAGAAAUGGCAGUUUGUGUUGCAGUCCAACUUUAUGUCUAUGGUCAAAAUUAGAUUCACCUUAUUCUAAUAGUAAUGUAUAAUAAUUUUUCUUUAUCCUUUAGAUUUACUAUACUUGGCCCUAAACUUCUGCACUGAUGGAAAUGCUUCAGUAUCAAUACAGAUGACAGAUGGUGGUGUACUGAAUGCUAGAGAACUUGUUCUAAGCAUCUCUUCAAAGGCAAGCUUAAAUAUGGAGAAUAGAUAUAUCGAUGCUGCAUUAAAUAGUAUAUUUCUCUUAGGAUGUUUAAACCUAUGAAUCUUUUACUAAAAUUUUGUGUUUCCUAUGUUGUUAACUGUUAAUUCUUUUGCAUGAAA